CCGAUCGGACCGGGAAAGUGGUCAUGGUCCGGUCGGUUAUUAAGACAGUGCCCUGUACUCAAAGCGUCUUCCCGCCUAAAACAAGAUAGAGAAGAUGGCUUAAACCCUGAAUCGACGCAAACUGUUCUCUCUUUUCACUCCGUCUGUCAUGGCGCCAUCUGCAGAAGCUGCCGAUUCUUCGCCUCGUCUUUCAACCUGUGGUGCCACGGAAAAUCAUCUUCAGCCAGUUUUUGUUCUUCACAAAGCUGCUUCUUGGAAAUAUGAAAGAAGAUUAACGGGAGCGACAAAAACCAAGAGGAGGAUUGAUUUAUCCCCAUCAAUAUCAAAUAAUCUUGAGAAAUCAGAUUCUGAGAGUGCUGAAGAUUUUGAUGAUGAUCACUAUUUCAACUUGCGUAUGGAAGCUUUUGAGAUUGUGUGGAAUAAGAUUGAGUCUACAAUCAAGGAUGUCUUGAGGAAUAUCAAUACCAAUAUCUUCAACGAGAUUCAUCAUUGGGUUUGUGAGUCCUUCAAUACAAUUAAAUCAUUUGGAACACUUACUUCCCGUGAAGCAACUCAGGCUUUUCCCAUUAUGAACGAUGUUUCUUCUAAGAAAUUGUUCACUGGGCUUGUUCUAACCAAAAAUAUGGAGUUUGUUGAUGAUCUGCUGACUUUUGAAGAGCUAGGCAACUUUUUGAAAUCUCAAGGAUGCCAAGUGGCUAACCUUUCGUCGCUAGAUUUUACGGCUAAGAGUGGGAUUGGUGGUUGUCUAAGAAGUCUAUUGAGACAAUUUGUGGAGGCUUCUUCAGAUGCCAUUGACAUGUCCAUCAUUGCAUCCUGGUACAGAGAACAGGGAAACUAUGAUAACCCAGUUGUUGUAAUUCUCAAUGAUAUUGAGCGAUGUUCUGGUUCUAUAUUGUCCAAUUUCAUCCUUAUGUUGAGUGAGUGGGUACUUAAGGUUCCAGUCAUAUUGAUCAUGGGAGUUGCAACAACACUUGAUGCUCCAAAAGGCAUACUGCCUUCAAAUGUGCUUCAGUGCUUGUCCCCUUAUAUGUUCACUUUGGGAAGCCCAGCUGAGAGAAUGGAUGCAGUUGUUGAUGCUGUUCUUGUGAAGCAAUGUUCUGGGUUCAUCAUCGGCCACAAAGUGGCACUUUUGAUGAGAAAUCACUUUGUGAGGCAGGAUGGAACUUUGACCUCUUUUAUAAGGGCAUUGAAGAUAGCAUGUGUCCAGCAUUUCUCCAUGGAACCUCUAAGCUUUUUGCUCAGAGGGUUUUCUCUUGAAGAAGAUGGGCAGGUGUUGCAUGAUGGAUUAAUAUCAAAAAUGCUAUUGAAGCAUUUUUUUAACUUACCAUCUUAUGAAAGGAACAAAACUGAGGAGCAAAGUUUUGAAAGAUUUGCUGUUGGUUUGUCGGAAUUGAAGAGAUUGAAGAAUCAGUGGGGAACUAUGCUUUUGUGCCUUUAUGAAGCUGCAAAAGGUGAUAAAAUUCAGCUGUUAGACCUUUUGUGUGAAGCGCUUGAUCCAACAUCAUACAAUUCUACGACUUCUGAUUCUCACAGAAAAUUAGAGAAAGAUACGGGCGCAUGUUCUUUAAACGAUUGUCCACAAUAUCCAAUGUUGAGAAGAGGCAGUUUUAUAUGUCAAGUUGUAUGCAAGGUGAAGGAUCUUCCUGCAACUCAGUUGUGGAAGUUGCUUAAAAGAUGGGAAAAGCUUACGAUGAACAUCAAUGAGAUGCGUGAAAAAAUCAAGGAGUUGUUGUCUCUAUUGAAACUUGAGAGUGGCAAGAGUUCAAAACAAGAUAUGGUUGACAUCUCCAAGAGACAUGCCUCUCGGAGUCAGUUGAAGAUUGGGAAAGAUUCCCGAGCAGUAAAUUUGAAAGCUGCCACAUUAAUGGAGUGCAUGGUUUGGGAUUAUAUGCAACCCAUUGAGUGCUUACCUUUUCAUGAAAUUGUCUGCUUUAAGAAUGUCGAGACGCUUCAAUUGGCCUUAAUUGGAGAUCCAAGAAGAAGGAUUCAAGCAGAUCUUCUGGAAUUCUACAAUAUCCUCAGAUGUGGUUGCUGCAGCAAGAGUGGUGGUACCCUAUUGCCAUCGAUGCACGACACAUCAAUAAUGUAUAACCUAUCCCAGGAGCAUGGUGAUCAUAUCAACCUCCAUGACUGGUACAAUUCAUUCAAAUCAACAGUUCUUUGCCCAAUAUAUAAAGGGAAAAACAAAUCGAAGCAGUCCCCAGUACAGAAGAAAAGAAAAGAAAUAAAUGAACCUAAGAAACACACUGAAGCUUCAAUUCAAGCACGGUUUUGCAGAGCAGUUACAGAGCUCCAGAUUACUGGGCUCAUUCGGAUGCCUACCAAAAGACGGCCAGACUAUGUGCAGAGAGUGGCAUUUGGAUUGUAGGAUAUGUAACAAUUGACAUGGUUCAGUCUUUUGUUUAACCCUUAAAACCUCUUCUUCAUGCAAAUUGAUGAAAAUCUUUUUUGUUUUUUUUUCUGCAAAUAAAUAUUUUUAUUAACAUUGAUCAAUGAAAGCAAUGGAUUUCUUUUAACA